AAACUGCUCUUCAUCUUUGAUGGCCUGGAUGAAAGCAGACUUUCACUGGACUUCAACAGCAGGCAGCUGGUUUCUGACGUCACACAGAARUCAUCAGUCAACGUUCUGCUGACAAACCUGAUCAAGGGGAACCUGCUUCCCUUGGCUCUCAUCUGGAUAACUACCAGACCUGCAGCGGCCAAUCAGAUCCCUCCUUCAUGUGUUUCCAGGGUAACAGAAGUACGAGGCUUCACCGACGCCCAGAAGGAGGAGUACUUCAGGAGGAGGUUCAGUGAUGAAGAGCUGUCCAGCAGAAUCAUCUCCCACAUCCAGACCUCCAGGAGCCUCCWYAUCAUGUGUGGAAUCCCAGUCUUCUGCUGGAUCACUGCYAUGGUUCUGGAGAACAUGUUGACCUCAGAGCAGAGAGGAGAACUGCCCAAGACCAUGACUGACAUGUACUCACACUUCUUGCUGGUCCAGACAAAGAGGAAGAAGAACAAGUACCAUGGAGGACAUGAGACAAGUCCACAGGAGCUGAUGGAGGCUGACAGGGAAGUUCUUCUGAACCUGGGGAGGCUGGCGUUUGAACAUCUGGAGAAAGGAAACAUCAUGUUCUACCAAGAAGAUCUGGAGCAGUGUGGUCUGGAUGUCACAGAGGCCUCAGUGUACUCAGGAGUUUGUACAGAGAUCUUCAAAAGAGAGAGUGUGAUCUUCCAGAAACCAUUUUAUUGCUUUGUUCAUCUGAGCAUCCAGGAGUUUCUGGCUGCAGUUUACAUGUUCCACUGUUUCACCAGCAGGAAUACAGAAGUGGUGGAGAAGUUCCUGGGAGAAAAUUACAGUGAAACAUCUCUGGAGGAUUUCAUGAAGAGAGUUAUGUCUAAAUCCCUCAGCAGUAUAAAUGGCCACCUGGACCUGUUUGUUCGUUUCCUUCAUGGCCUCACUCUGGAGUCCAACCAGAGUCUGUUAGGAGGCCUGCUGGGUCAGACAGAGAUCAGUCCAGAAACCAUCCACAGAAUCAUCAACAAUCUGAAGAAGAUGAACUCUGAUGGAAUCUCUCCUGACAGAAGCAUCAACAUCUUCCACUGUCUGGUGGAGAUGAACGACCUCUCAGUUUUUCAGGAGAUCCAGCAGCUCCUGAAAUCAGGGAAKAARCUMUCAGAGAUCCAGUGUUCARCUYUGGCCUUCAUGCUGCAGAUGUCAGAGGUUCUGGAUGAGUUGGAGCUGGAGAAGUACAACACAUCAGAAUGGGGUCGACUGAGACUGGUUCCAGCUGUGAAGAACUGCAAAAAGGCUCGGUGA